AUGAGAUCUGAGAUUUCUAGUCAUUUAAUUAUGAAUAAUACAAACGGCGAUGCACAUGAAUCAUCUAGUUCAGUCUUAGAUGAGAAUAAUUCAAUUGACACACAUAUGAAUGGCAAUCACGAUGGUCAAUUAUUUCAAUUACAACAACGUAUAGAUGAAUUAGAAAAUAUAGUAGCACAACUAAAACAUAUGCUGCUCGAAACUUUGAAAAGAGUGAAUAUUUUAGAGGCGAAUUCGGAUAGACAAACUGUACGAAAGUCAAAGAGUCCAGUAAAAAGUGAUCGAUUAUCGGUAAAUAAUUCAGAGCCUCAUCGUAAAGUUUCUUUACCAACAUCUCAUAUAUUGAAAAUAAAUACUGUCGAUUUACAAUCAAAACAACAGCAACAACAACGAACAAAAUCUUGUCUUCCAAUAUCGUCGACAAAAACACCGAGUAAAUGCAGUUCUAGAGAAAGUAUUAGUAGUGUGACUGGUACAGGAUCUCAACCAUUGAUUUUACUCACAAAGUCUGCCACUACAUCAAAAAAGAUCCAGCAUCAUCAUCCGAUAUCUCCAGCAUACAAUAACGACACGAAGUGUAUUCGUUUUAAUCAUAAUGCGCGGUCGACAUCUCUUUAUGUUCCAUCGUCGUUUGAUGAAGAUGCCAAACAUUUGGAUAUACCAAAUCCAUUACCGGGGGAAAUAUUAAAAUUAGAAUGGGUUUAUGGUUAUCGUGGCAAAGAUUGUCGAUCAAAUCUUUAUGAAAUAGCCACUGGAGAAUUAAUCUAUUUUACAGCAUCUAUUGUUGUUUUAUAUAAUUCCGAAGAACAUUCACAACGACAUUAUCUUGAACAUACAGAUGAUAUUAAGUCGCUAUGUAUUCAUCCAGAUCAAGUAACUGUAGCAAGUGGACAAUCAUCAUCAGCCAACAAUACUACAUCAAAUUCACAACUAGCUCACAUAAGAAUAUGGGAUUCAAUCUCAUUACAUACGACUAGAAUUAUCGGCAUUGGACAAUUUAAUGUGGCUGUAUCGUGUCUGAGUUUUUCGAAAGGUGACAGUGGAAAAUCGUUAUGUGCUGUGGAUGAAGGUUUAGAACGAACAUUAUCGAUAUGGAACGUUGGCUCUGGUACUCAACUAACUAGCACUAAAUGUCAUAGUGGUCCUGUUGCAAUGGCUGAAUUUCAUUCAUCGGAUCCUCAUAUGAUUGUAACGUGUGGAAAACAACAUAUUGACUCUUGGCGAUAUGAUAGUAAUGAACUGAAGAAAAUAUCAGGCCUUUUCGGGAAAGAUACUCCUAAAUUUAUUGUAUGUAUCGCAUUUUGUGCUAAUGGCGAUGUCUGUUCUGGAGACUCAGAAGGAAAUAUUCUUAUUUGGAGUAAAAGAGAGUUCAAACUAAAUCGUACAAUAAAAAAUGCUCACGAUGGUUCAAUUUAUUGUAUCCUAGUUUUGGAAGAUACUAUAUUAACUGGAGGAGGAAAAGAUGGAAUGAUCAUUGAAUGGAAUACAAACUUUGAAAAGACUACUCAAACGUAUAAGUUAAAUGAUUCAAUGGGAUGUGUGCGUACAAUAGCUUCCAGUCGUGGGCCUAUGGUCGCCAUUGGUACAACAAAAAAUUUGAUAUUACACGGUUCUAUAUCUGUUGGAUUCAGUACCAUUGUCGAUAACCAUCACGAUGAAUUGUGUGGCUUAGCCAUUCAUCCUAGUGAGAAAAAGUUUCUAACGUGUGGAAACGAUGGUUUAAUAUUUUAUUGGGAUACGUUAACUCAUUCAUUUCUAUGGCGUUAUUCACUUGACGAACCAAUUCAUUGUACAGCAUUUCAUCCUUCAAUAGACGUUGUGGCUAUCGGUCUCAAAAAACCAAAAUGGUUGAUAUUCGAUUGUAUUCAGCAUAAAAUAUUACAUUCACAAAACGAAGGAACUGAUCAAAUUCAAUGUUUACAAUAUUCACCAGGUAGCUACGGAACAUAUUUAGCAGUUGGCUCUGGCGAUCAUUGCAUUUAUGUUUAUCCGUGUGAAAAUGGUUUAAAAUAUUCAAAAUGCUCUCGAUUAAUAGGCCAUUCAUCAUUCAUUACACAUAUGGAUUGGUCUAAAAAUGGCCAAUAUUUACGUUCAAACUCUGGUGAUUAUGAUCUUAUUCAUUGGGAAAUUUUGUCAUAUAAACAAGUCUCACAACCUGAUACUGUUCGUGAUAUUGAAUGGGCAACAUGUAAUUGUACGUUAUCCUAUACGACAUAUGGCAUUUAUAACGAUGGUGCUAAUAUCGGUUGUUGUUCACGUUCAUUCAAUGAAAAGCUAUUGAUAUGUGGCGAUGAUAAUUGCCGAGUUAAUCUUCUUUCUUAUCCAUGUAACAAACCAAAAGCUGCACGUCAUUCAUUUUGUGGUCAUGGUGGUCCUCUAACGAAUGUUGCUUUUGUUCCGGAUGACGAUACACGUGCAAUAUCAACCGGUGGUAUUGAUGCAACAAUUCUUCAAUGGACAGUUGAAUUGUCUUAA